AUGGCUGAUUCCACCCAGGCCAACUACGAGAAGAACAAAGAAGUAGCAGAAUCCGAUUCUAUAGAAUCAUCUUAUGAGGUUCCUUUCGAACUACUCGAAAAAGUCAUGAGAGAAGGUUUCCAUGCAAUGACCAACUCCAUGAAUCACCUAUCUCAAAGCGUUGUUCAGACCGUUGAGAAAGGACAUCUAAAUGGAACCCAACAAGGGAACGAGAUGAGGGCAUAUUCAGGCUACCUCUUCGAGCGAGUCAUUCAGGCAGAACAAGAAGAUAGAAUGGUCCGAAAAGAAGAUGAGAUGCCACCAAAUGCCAAAACACCCUUAGAAAUACAAGGGUAUUCCACAGGGCAAACUAGUGGUCAUGCCCAUUCAUCGUCUCCGGAAAUGGUAAUCAGAGAUUCACUCAGAUCAUCCCUUCAGGUAGAUCAACCAAUGGGAUUCGAUAUCACCUCGGUGGCGCCACAUAUGCCCAAGGUGAUCAGCCCUCCCAAGGACACUGCCAGUCAGCAUCUCGCUCCGUUCGAAACUCUAUCCAAAUACCAGGCUUCAAAAACUGGUGAAGCAGCUCUACCUCUAGAGCCAGUUCGAAGAAACAUGCACGCUGAUAGGUGGUGA